AAACAACUUGCAAGAAGCAGCAAAAAUUUAAGCAGAACAGAACAAGCUCUCAUGUAAAGAGCUCAGGGUGUGUUUGAAUUUGUAAAAGAUAAGUACUAGAGCAAAACUGCAAAGGGCCAACAUGGAGCUAAAUGUCACAUAUGGAAUGGAUUCAGGAAUCAACACCACCACCUUUGAGGCUACCAAAACUGAAACUUCAGAUUAUUAUGACAGUAAUGAAAAUGCUGCUUGUGACAAUGCAGAUGUCAGGAAGUUUGGAUCCUUUUUUCUCACCCUACUUUACUCUAUUGUGCUUGUCCUCGGACUCCUGGGGAAUAUUCUAAUCAUCUGUGUCUUGUUCAAAUACUCAAAGACGAAGACAAGAAGUAUGACAGAUAUGUACCUCUUCAAUCUGGCAGUCAUGGAUCUCCUAUUUGUUUUCUCCUUAGCCUUCUGGGCUAUUUAUGCUACUGAAGCGAGUUGGAUAUUUGGAGACGCUAUGUGUAAAAUAGUUACAGCAGUGUCUAUGACUGGUUUCUAUGGGGGGAUCUUCUUUGUAACUCUUAUGUGUAUUGACAGGUAUCUUGUAGUGGCCCAUGCUGUUUCUGUUUUCAGAAACACAAGAGUUGUGUACGGAAGAGUUGCAUGUGUUGCUGUCUGGAUUUUAAGUUUUUGCGCCUCACUUCCAGAAAUUCUGUUUAGUACAACUUUCCAUUUUAGCAAUGAGACAUGGAUUUGUACCAUUGAACAAAAAUGGACAGUAUUUUGUUAUACUGAAAUUAAUGUAGUAGGAUUGUUCAUACCCCUAUUAAUUAUAGUUGUUUUUUAUUCACUGAUCCUAAACAAUUUAUUAAGAUGCAAGAACAGAAAGGAGCAAAAGGCUGUCAAGCUUAUAUUUCUUGUAAUGUGUACCUUUUUCAUUUGCUGGACUCCAUAUAACAUUGUACUUUUACUUCAUGCUCUACAACUUAAAGGAGUUAUACAAGAUUGUGCAACUAGUAUUAAUCUAGAUUAUGCUCUGCAGAUAACAGAACCAAUUGCAUUUGCUCAUUGUUGCCUGAAUCCAAUUAUUUAUGCAUUUGUAGGCAAAAAAUAUCAGCAAUACCUUCACAACUUGCUUUGUGAAUAUGCUUUAUACAGGUAUCUUCACAAAUUAUUUUGCCAAGACAGUAGAGUGAAGAGACUUUCUUCAGUUUAUUCACAAUCUCAAGCUUCCCAUGAAAAUGGCCCGUCAACUACACUAGUAAUAUCCUUUUGAAAAAGAACAAUUAUGAAUUAUGCUGAUCUUUAAUAAAUAUGCAUUGCUUCAGUUAUACAGAACUUUAUUAAUAUAAUGUGGCUGAAAUGUGGUCACUGUUAUUUCAAAAAAGGUCUUGCAAUUUAAAGUUAAUCAUACACCACAUUGAUCAGCUAAAAUAUCAUGCUCUGUCUGGAUGAAAGACUGAAAUUCAUUUUUCAGAUUUUGUUUAAAUAAUAACUCUCCCUGGAUUUAUGAAUCUGCCAUGCAGGACUAAACUAGUCCUGCACGUAAGCGGC